AUGAGAGAAAAAGAAAUGCCUCCUGCGCUACCAAAUGAAUCGCAAGUAGUUGCAAGGUCAACUAAUGAUGCCUACACAUCGUGCAUGUCAAAUGCAUAUCAUGCACUGAAAAAUAGAUUCAGCCAGAUACUGCAGAAAAAUGAUUCACUAACGAAGAAUCAAAGGUCUUUGCGACGGCAACUCGAUCAAGCUCAGCGAGAGAACACUAAGAUUCGUAACGAACGGCAGCGUUUGCAAGUGAACUACGAUAAACUAGCCAAAGAUAUAGGAAGGAUGUCAAUGGAAAAGUCCCAGGUGUAUGCGCAACUUGAACAUGAAAGGUUCCAAAGAGAGCUUGGAGACCUCGUUCUCGAUCAAUACAAAGACGAGAUUAUAGAGCGCAAUGAAGUAAUUGAACGAGAGGUAUUCAAGAAGGAGCUGAGCGACUUGCUCUUAGAGCAGUACCGCGGUGAGAUCGAAGAGCAGAAGAAGGCUCUGAGGGAGAACGAGCUCCGCAUUGCAUCAUGUCAUCGUCAAAUGUUUGCAUUCAACUCCCAAGUCUCGUAUUGGAGGCAAAGGGUCAAUUUGGGAGAGAACCAGAUCUGCAAGCUGACUUCCGAGCUUGAGCAUAGCAAAGGAGAAAUGCAUAGGCAAAACACAUUGAUCGCGAAGCUCGAGAAGGAACGAAGUGAGGCUAUGGACGGGUGUUCUUUUUUUCAGGCAGAGAUCAGAAAGCUCAAAGCUACAUACCACGAGCUGGAAAUGCGGGUCGAUGCAUUGGGCGCCACGGAUGUCACCGAGGCUGAUGAGCAAAGAAAGAGACGUAACACGAAAAAAAGGCGCAGACGGCAUACUAGCCAUCCACAUUCAUCUCUGUUCCCUGUGAAUCGUGAAAGCAAAAUGAAACCACCGAGGCCACCAACCCCUGGACUAGCUCUUCCUCACCGGGCAGAUAUCAAUUCAUCUGACUCUCAGACACAAAUCAUGGACUUUUGGUCCAGGUUACAUUCUCGAACACCAAGACUUGUCACGUCAAUAUUUCCUACAAACCUUCAUUUCCUUCUUCUUACAGACGAUGCUUGUUACCCAAAGCCAUUCGUUAUUUCUCAAAGCUAUGACAUAGCUGCUCGGCAAUGCCAGUCACAGGUUGAAACCAUAGUGAGCCAAUGCAACCAAAGCAAUACCAAGUUCCGCGACACAGACUUUGAUAUCGAAGGUGACUUUGCAACAAGCCAGCAUAAUUACCUCUUCGAUCUUACGACAUGUAUGGAGCAAACUAGCAGACGUGGCAAAGAUCCGUUCGUAAAGGGUUCGCCAUGGUCGUCACGCCGGUACUGCAGCCAUAGCAAUAAAGACGAUGACACAUCUCUCCCCGGCUCAGUUCAUCGCAUUUCUUGGAUUUUUGAAAAUCCACAAUUCAUUCAGGGAAAUAGCGGUGACUGUUGGUGGCUUGCUGCGUUAGGCACUAUUGCUCAUCGGGAGGAUUUGAUGAACAAGAUCUGUGUAGCGCGAAACGAAGAGGUAGGGGUCUAUGGCUUCGUAUUCUACAGAGAUGGGGCCUGGAUCUCAACAGUAGUUGAUGAUAAUCUUUACCUGAAAGAGCCGGAUUUUGACAAGGAGACGUAUGAUGCUACGGGCAGUAAAGCGAGACAUCACCGCAAACAGAAACAGUCCAACUCAGAAGCUCUCUUCUUUGCCAAGUGCAUAGAUCCAAAUGAGACCUGGCUUCCGUUGCUUGAGAAGGCAUUCGCCAAAGUCCACGGCGAUUACCAAGCUCUAGACGGAGGAUGGGCUGGCAUUGCAAUGGAGGAUCUCACUGGCGGUGUCGCUACACUUAUUGCGACCAAUAGUAUUCUCGAUAAAGAACGACUCUGGCGUGAGCUCCUCUCUUGCGGUAUCAUAGGUGGAGAAUUUCUUUUCACAUUGUCGAGUGGCGCUGGCUUUAAGCACCGAAACGGAAUUGUCUUGAGCCAUACCUACUCUAUCCUCGAGGCUAUCGAGUUGAAGAAGGAGCAUGGCGGCAUGACUCGCUUGGUCAAGAUUAGGAACCCCUGGGGCCAAAGGUCAGAUACUGGCUAUGGCGAGUGGUGUGGUGCAUGGGCGGAUGGUUCUAAGGAAUGGAAUACCUAUACAAUAAAUGCACUUCAUCACGAGUUUGGUGAUAAUGGCAUCUUCUGGAUGACUUACGAAGAUGCUAUGGAAAAUUUUGAUUAUAUGUAUAGGACUCGACUUCUACGUCACGGGUGGACUAUGGCACAGAAGUGGAUGAGUACUCUUGUGCCAUGGCUGCCAGGAUUUCUAAAGAAAAAGUUCAUUAUCGAUCUCAAAGACAAGAGCACCGUAAUUAUUGUUCUAUCUCAGCUAGAUGAUCGGUACUUUCCAGGGCUUCAAGGGGAGUACGACUUUACCCUUCAUUUCCUCCUGCGGCCUAUUAUCUCCAAGAUCGAUAUAUGUCGAGUUUCUCCAUGUCAUCUUGGCGACGGUCGAUCGAUUAACUGUGAACUCACCCUGGAGACAGGAACAUACGAGGUUAUCCCAAAAAUCAUCGCGGAAAGGAAUGGCCUCGGCCCGGUGGAGGAAACAGUUAAACUGGCUGCAAGUAGGAAUCCUCAGAAGUUACGCCAAGUUGGGUUGCAGUACGAUCUUGGAUAUGCCAAAGAAGGAGUCAUAGACCCCAGCCAGCAACUGGAACAGCCUCCUCCCAGUGACCUAAGAGCAAAGAGCGCAAACUUGAGGUCCAACUUUUCUCAAGAUAAGUGUCUGGAACAGUGGAGUCCAGUCUGCGUUAUUAGCUUGCGAGUCUAUGCUGAGCACCCCAACUUUGUUAUCAAUAUUAUGUAG